AUGAGGAUUUUAGGAAAAUUUAUCACUGCCGCUCUCCUCCUCUUCUUCGUGUUGAUCAUGACUGCACCAUCCACGGCGGAUAUCAUAUCUACGAAGAUCCGAUCCCAUAACCGAAAUACGAUCCUCUUCUCGGAGUUCGAAUACUCACAUACCGGUUACGUUUCCGUCAAGGUCUCCUCCGUCGGGAUCUCCUCCAUUCCGUUUACAUCCAACUUAUCACAACCUGAUCCUUCGCGUAUUGGUUUCUUCCUUCUAUCGGAUGAACUGUCAUACCGCUACCGCCAAGAAUUUAAAAGAAACCCGGAUUUGUGCCCCUUAGAUAUUAAAUUCAUCUCAGUCCUCUUUACUUUUAGAGAUCUCUCCCCUCCUCCUCAGUCCUCUUUUAACAAAUCGUAUCAUGUCAUAUAUCCCGGUGUGUACUCACUUUACUUCGCCAACUGCAACGAUCUAUCCCUCUUGACGAUGGAUGUCCUCACAGAGCUUUACAACACCGGUGAUGACGGCACCACUAAAGAUUAUUUAUCAGCUGGGCAACCGCAGCCCUUUUUUUACUUCAGUUUCUUCCUCAUUUAUUUAUGUCUUCUAGGGUUUUUGAUCUCCAUAUCCUUUAAGAACCAACAAUGUGUUAAUGCGAUCCAUUUACUAAUGGGUUUGUUGCUUGUUACGAAUCUCCUUUACUUUAUGUGGGCGGUGGCGGUUCAGCAUGACCUGAAGGUUACUGGUAUUCCUCGUGAAUGGUAUAUCUUUUUUUACAUAAUUCAGUUUAUUAGGGAUAUAUAUUUCUUCGGCCAAAUAGUGUUAAUCGGUGCUGGAUGUUGUAAUUGGAGGCGGUUUCUGCCACGAUGGAUAAUACUCAUUUUGUCGAUUGUCAUCCUACUUCGGACUUGGGCUAGUGUAUGUUUUAUAAUGGCGUGGAAAUCUGGCCCUUAUAGUGAAGACUGGAUGAAUUUGAGGGCAAGUUUUACGAUUACAGAUAUCAUCUGUGGCGUCGUUGUUUUUCUCCACACUUUUUGUUCGGCUGUGUCGUUCAAAGUGGCUAAGGAUACAGCAAACUUUGUGAGGUCGUAUAGGUCGCUCAAGGAGGUUACUUCUAGGCAUGAUGUGUUCCCUUUCUUGCUCAUUAUCUUCACGAGGGGACUGAAUGUCGUGUUGCAGACUACUGCGUUACAGGAAACCUGCACUCUUAUGUUCUCAAUGCAAGAUACUAGGGGCCAGGCUGCUCCUCUGCUUACUGAUGCUCUCGAUCAUCCAGCAAUGAUCGCCGCCGCUCCAGCACGUCCUGCACCUGCCGUCAUGAGCGCAGCAGGUAAUUGCGCUGUAUUUGUCGUGAUUAUGCUAGGCCGGAGGUUCUCGUUUCCCACCGAAGAAGAGGGUGAACUUAGUGCCUUCAACGUGGUUAUUAAUUUGGCUGUAACACUGAUCGUUAGGUGA